GCGGUUGAAUCACCGAGCGCGCCUCCGUCGGAUCUCCUCUUCCUGCCGUCACACCCACUGCUCGGUGUUGUGGGUUCACCCCGUAGAGAAGGGGAGGACCGUCGGCACACACAGCAGCAGAGAGUGCUGCAGUGCGAGCGCAGCGGGGGACUCGGAAGCGCAUAGGAGGAAAAAAAAAACAAAAAAAAACACACACAUAUCAGCAGCCUUAUUGUCGAAACUUGGUCUAUGGAGAGAUCUGCAGCGACACCGUAGCGACGCAGGCCGACAUGGAAGAGUAUUUGCGGAGGGUCCAGAGCAGACUCGGGGCAGAGGCAUCAGAGGAUCCCAUCCAUGCUGUUUUAGGGGGACCAGAGCCAGAUGUUGACACCGUGGCCGCAACAUUGUGUUUAGCACUACACCUCAGCCACAAGGAACCAUCAGGUGGAGUGUGUGUGCCGGUGCUCUGCGGCCGGCGAUGUGAAGCUGGGUUGCCUGGGGAGACGGUGAGGUAUCUGCGUAGGGUGAAAAUCUGUGAGAGCUCGCUGCUGUGGAGGGAGGAUGUAGACCUCACGAAGCUUCAUCACACCGGAAAACUCUCACUCACACUGCUGAGAGAUGGACUGCUAGAUAGCUCUGAGUACCACGCUUUGGAGUCCAGCAUCCUGCGAGUGGUCCAUCACGACGGGCAGCAGGACGCAGGGGAUGAUGGGGCAUCGUCCGUGGUGACAACAGUCGCCAGGGAGAUUCUUCAAGAGGCAGCAGAGCACAUCAGAGCAGCGCUGGGGGAGACUCUCGGAGAGGCUUUGCAGCUGCAGAGUGAAGCUUUGUGGAGCAAACAUGGCCAUAGGUCAGCACAGCUGGAGGAGCUCAUAAGAUCCUUGGAGCCAUGGAGUGAUGUGACCACGGGUCAACAUGAUGAGGCAAAGUUACAAGACUUGGAGCAGCUGCUGACUAUGGAGUUGAAAGAGUUUUCUGAUGGAGAGAUGACCAUAGCACUCACUGUAGUGACCACAGAUAAGGCGGACUGGCAUGGUUAUGUGGACGGGCUGAAAUCAUUCAGUGGUCGCCAUGGCUAUGAUGGCCUGGUGGUUCUCUUGUCCAUCAGUGAUACACUUCAUCAUCCCUGCCAGCAGGUGGCUGUCUACUCAAACAACACAGAUAUCCUUAACCAGAUCUGCUGUGAGUUGGAAGAGUCUUUCAGCUGGUGUCUUUCUGGUGAACUGGAGACCAGGGAGAGUCUCCAGGUAUACCACAUCCCUAUAAACACCUCCUUAUCUUCUGGUACUCCUCCUCUGCUGGUAGAAGAAAUACAGGGCCUCCUCAAGGACUUUGUUGACAGGCGAAGUUCUAUAUUAGCCUGCCACCCCAGCAGUAGGACCUCUUCCACUGAUGGAGUGGCAGGCAGCGUGGAGUUCUCCCAGGGAUCAUCUGGUAUCAAUGACAUGGAUGGUUCUGAUGUAGAGAGAGCCGAGGGAGGCAGUGGAGAUGUGGUGGCAAUAGCAAGGGUGAUGGCUGAUGGCGAAGAGGACACAGGAGGUGUAGGAGUUGGUGCUGGCGGGGAGCUUGUGAGCCCUGACAGCGGUAUGACCACCAUCCGCAGCAGCCGUUCAUCCAAGGAAAGUUCAGUGUUCCUCAGUGAUGACAGCCCAGUUGGUGAAGUUAUAGCAGGAGGAGGGCCAGGAACAGGGCCAGGAGGACUCUUCCUGAGAAACCCAUCUCCCCUGGGGUUAUCAUCCCUUUCUCCUCCUGUCCCCCCUGAGAGGAGGAAGCACCGCUCUAGCAGAAAUAAGAGUGACAACUUUGACCUGUUUAGUUUUGACCCACUACAUAGCAGUGACCAGUCUAUGCCAACAGGAAGAGAAAUAGCAAUUUCUGGAGUAAGAGGAGAUGAAGGAGAAAGAAGAGCAGAUAGCUCCAGCUUUUCAGAACUUGAAGAGCUGAGCUUGCUGGAUUUCUCUGCUCCCAAUUCAUUGGGUGGACUUGACCACCAGGGUCAAAUCCAUGGGCAUGACAUGAUUGACACUGUGGUUCCUCCAACGCCAGUCAACAGUGUAGUAGGUAGCCGCCCACCCAGCAGUUGUGGGGUCAGGUUCUUUCCAGAAGAUGUGGUUGAAAGGAUCAGUGGCCUACAGCACAAGGACAGUGUGUCAUCGUCGUUGUCCGAGACCUGGGAUGAACUUGGCUUUGACACACUUGGAACAUUGUCCUCAAGUGAUAAUACUGCCUGGAAUAGGACCAAGGAACCUGAAAUUGUGGAUGAAGUAAGAGGGAAAGAGUCAGUUGAUGAUAUGACAGAACGAGAAAGCACAGAAGAGAUCUUACAGUCAGAGAACACCCACCAGAGGGGAAAGACCCUCGAACCCCAGCUUAGCCUGAUCACUGAGCAAACUGAAUUAUAUGACAACUGGAACCCAGACUCUGUACUUAAGGAUCGAUGGAACCCUGUUACUUUGGCUUCUCUGCAAUUGACACCACCAGAGGAGGAAGUAACUGGAAAAUGCAGGGCAGGUAUCAUUGGAGCGAAAGAAAAAACAUCCUCAGUGUUGAGAAAGAAAGCAGCCCUAAACACUUUAACGCCUGACACAUCUAAAGAAGAGGAUGAAGGGGUACAAGGAAAAAAAGGAGACAGACAGAUGGAGCUCCUAGACUUCUGGACAUACUCAGCUCAGAAGGGAUUUCUCAAAUCAGAUAGCGGAACCACAACAUCUUACCCUGAAUCACUAGAUAUGUGGAAUAUGACAAUCCGAGAUGACAGUCUAUCACCUCUCACGACCCCUGACAACUUGUCUGAAACUUCAGCUUCUUUCAGUGGAGUGAACACCAAUGUUGGGGCUGGCACAUCUAUGGAAAGUCCACCAGGAUUCUCUGAUGGUGGAAUGGUGAUGUGGAACACCACCAUACAGGAAGACACCUCUUCCACAAUAACAAGCCCCGAGGGACCUGAAAAUGGAAAGGACCUCAGUCACAUGGGAUCAUUGGAUACCGGUGAUUCUCCUGAGACACAUGCUAACAAACAGGUGGACGAAGAAAAAGCUAUAGAGGAGAAGAGAGGUAUAAAUAAAGUGCUUAGUCAGACUCUCGAAGAAGUGGGGUGGAGAGGUACUGAACAUAAUGUGAAAAUAGUCAUAGAGGAGGCUGAAAGUAGAACACAUGGUGCAGAAACAGGUGACAGUGACAUCCAGAGUGUUGAGAGCCAACAGUCUGUCUUGCAAAACUUGGCACCUGAACAUUCAGAAGAUGAUUCUUCCUCCUACCAGGGUACUGACAUGUGGGACCUACCUGUCCCUGGCAUGGUCACCUCCACUUCAGAAUAUGACAAUGUAGGAGCUGGCACUUGGAGCCUGACAUCCUCCCCUGAGACCUAUGCUAGUCCCAUUGUAGACAUGAUACAGUUAGACGGGCAGUCUAGCCCUUUUGUAGAUGUGACAAAACCUAUUCAUAUAGACGAGAGGCAUGAUCAAUACCAGAAGGCUGAUCCUUUGGGAAAGACUGAAUACAGAACAGUAGUUUCAGACAAAGAACAGCCAGCCAACCAGGUGUUUCUAUUCGAAGGAACUAGUGAGUUGGGUCAGAUGAUCAGGAGUGGGGGAAGUUCAAUUGAAAGUAGAUAUGACAAAAGUGAAGAAGGAUCAGAUGAAGUUGAUUGGAUAGAGCAACCAAGGGAUCACUCCCCAUUUGAUCUGGUGGACUACUCCAUUGUCACUCAGGCCACUUCAGCCAAUCAUCAUUCAAGAUCAGGAGAAGCUACUGAGACACAAAUACAGAAUGACCAAUCAUUAUCCGCAAGCCUUGUAAAUUGGGACAAUCUUGUUUACAAGAAUCAUGAUGGCUCUGAAUCAACUUCAUCACAUGAUCUGCCAAUCACAAUGGCCCACAAUGAAGAUGAGCCUGUCACUGAAAGCCAAUAUGAUCCUAACAAUGGGAGCAUUGGACGUGUGGACGGUAGAACAACAGAAACCAUGUCUCUGAGCUCAAGCUCUGGAGGGGAGAGAGACACAAUGAAGUAUAGCCCCGACAGCUUUCACCCAGGCAGUAGAGAUGAACUCAAGUCCAAUUCUGAUGGAGAUUCAUCAUCAGGCCUAGAAAUGGAAUACAUCAUUGUAUCUGGCAUAGUAAAAGAAACUGAGAGAGAGUGGCACGACAGACCUAAACAAGGUGACAGGCAAUCAAAAAGAACAAGAAAGUCCAUGGAGACAUUUAGCAUGCUUUCCUAUGCUGCCACAGUACUGCAAACCCAGGCCCAAGCUGCACAUAGAGAGCAUCAGGAGAACACAGAACAAAGUAGGCAAAACCAAAUAAUCAGAGGUACUGAUAGUGCACUUAGUGCAGAUACAGAGCAAAAGCAAGAUGUCUUAUCCACUUAUUACAAAACAAGUCUUGAUAGUGCCACUGAGCAUCAUAACGUGCCAGAAAUGAUCACUCCCAGCCAAUCAAAAAAUAACUCUGAAGCUUUUCACAAGUCAGAUUCAAGACCAACAGGUUGCAGUCAAACACAAGUAGAAGAAGGAUACUAUGAUGAUAAAUCAACCAUUGUAGCUAGAAGUGUUUCUCCUUCAUUAAGAUAUCCAUCAGAUCACUUCCUGAAAACCAGAGAGGAAGUAUAUGUUCAUUCACAGAUCUCAAUGGAAGAUUCAGAUGAGGGUGGGCAGUCACCCUCUGCACCCCCACCAUGCCCCACUUCUUUGGGCAACAUUCAAGUCUGGAGGGGUCAGUUAGCGAGGCAGGACACAUCUCAAACCACAUCUGAACCACAGUCUCCUGUACUUACCAACAGUUCGGUGUCCCACACCAGCUCUUUGAUUGGUACCCCAUUAAGUGAAUCUGGAAUUUCUACUGAAAAAGGACUGGGAUUACCAUUUUCUGGAGAUUUAAUGGAAGAGGAGAAUGAUGAUGAAGAGCAGGAGGAGGAAACUGAUACAGAGCACACUACCCUGCCAAAAUAUACGUCAGAAGUGCAAAGUGAGAGGGAAGAAAGACAACAAUUGAGAUCUUCUGACCUGUUAAGUUUCACAGAGGAACUGAUUGGAAGUUCUUCAUUUCAACAAACAGAUUUACAACCAUUUGAGCCAAAGAGGGACAAAUUCCUACAUAAUACAGCGGAUUACUAUGAUGAACAGCCUAUUGGGACUGUUGAUUGUGAUAAAUGGUCAACUGAACAACAGAUUGGAGACCAUGAAGCUUCUCAAGAUAGCUGUUCACCCGUUUCAAGAAGACACCAAGAUGUGGCAUCACAGUUUUCCUCCCAGCCAACCAAUGAAAAUGCUGCAUACCAGUGGACAGGAAGUCAGAAUGCAACUCAGGGUCAAACCCAAUAUGGCUACAACUACCACCACAUUGACCAAAGAACUGAAAACCAGAGCACCCACCCAGCCUGUGUAGAUGCUAAAUCCAACAACCAGCCAAACACCACAGAUGUCUAUGCUGAGUUUACAACUGAUACCACAGCUACACAUUACGGAUCUGAGCAGGCUGAGAGCUAUUAUGAACCUGAAGUUAAAGCCAAGUACAGCUUGGAUGAUCCAGGUUCCAGUUUUCAAUAUAUAGCUGAAAGCCAGUAUGGAGAUGACUCUAACUCCAUGUGCGCCUCUGAACUCCAGUGCUCUCAGUAUCAAGCUGAUGGCCAGGGUCAGUAUGAGUCUGACCACACCCAUUACCAGCUUGAUGCACAGCCAUUCUACCAAUCGCAUGCCCACCCUGAGAGGGAAGAUCAUGCGCGAUAUGUGCCGGAGGAAUAUGUUCACUUUCUCCUGGAAAGACACUCCCAACAGGGAGACGGUGCGCCUGGGAUGAUGAUGAAAAUGGCCUCCAGUGAGGAAGCUGCUGAGGAGAUGGAUAACAGAGAAGAUCCACCCUCCUCUGUGGAUCUCUCAGGCGGGUCCAACCAAAGGAGAAAGUUGGCAGCUCCACCAAUAAAUGUGUCACUGGACCGGAGUGAGGGGUCUCUUCUCUCAGAAGAUGCCCUGGACACAGAGGACGAGGCCUUGGAUACUGGUGAUGACCUGGAUCUGGACACGCCUGAUGAGGCCGACUUACAUGAGGACUCAGAAGAGUCUAAUCUGGGUGCAGGAGCAGCAUCAAGUGAUGCUAUCGCAGGAGCAGCUGAGGAGAGCAGGGAUAGCAGGCUGUGGAGGAGCGUGGUGAUUGGAGAGCAGGAGCAUCGCAUUGAUAUGAAGUGCAUUGAGCCAUACAAAAGAGUCAUUUCUCAUGGAGGUUAUUACGCUCAACAGAAUGCCAUCAUCGUGUUUGCAGCAUGUUUCCUACCGGACAGCAACUGUGAUAAUUACAAUUAUGUAAUGGAAAACCUUUUCCUGUAUGUAAUAAGUACCUUGGAACUAAUGGUGGCAGAAGAUUACAUGAUUGUUUACCUGAAUGGUGCCACCCCUCGCAGGAGGAUGCCUGGCUUUACCUGGAUGAAAAAAUGCUAUCAAAUGAUAGACAGAAGACUGAAGAAAAACCUUAAGAUGUUCAUCAUUGUCCAUCCCUCCUGGUUCAUACGGACUUUGCUGGGAAUCACCAGACCCUUCAUAAGCUCCAAGUUCAGCAGUAAGAUCAAGUAUGUGAAUAGUUUGCAGGAGCUUGGAGAAAUCAUCCCAAUGGAGUAUGUCCACAUUCCACCCAGCAUUGUCAAGUAUGACGAGGAGAGGGGUAUACACAAAUUUGCAUGCAUGAGACUGGAUACAGAAUUGCAAGACACAGCAGCUAAAGCCGACAAGAAGGGGAACUCUGUUGUUUGACAAUUGCAAGAUACCUGGCUGCUGCCUAUCUUCUCCCUGCAUUAUGCUGUACUCUACCACAGCAUAUCUGAAUAUAAGCCAGCCUGCGGCAUGAUGUGUAUGGCACGUAGUUGUUACACCAACAACUAGCACUGGGUUAGAAAGGAAGAUGAUGUGGUACAAAGCAUCAGGCAGUUGCUUGUUCAUUGAAGAAAGCACCAACCUGAGGGGAACAUAAUACUGUAUUUACAGUGCAGAGACUGUCGCUGUACUGAAGGGAAGAUGCUUUAUCCUGUACUACUGUAUGUUAUACAGCACUUGAUUGUGUUCCCCAUUCAGUAGCUUUUGCUUCUUUUUUAUGACCUCAUCUUUAAUUUGAACAAUAGUUUGAUUCGUAUAUAAUUCACUGUGGAGGGAUUACUAAUUGACUUUGUUACAUUCAUGUAUCUCCCCUGUCAGUUGCCAUCUGUAUCUUUUGUAACCCAUGGUAAUAAGUGUGGAUUAUCUAAACCCGUAGCAAGGCUUUUUCAUCUAAUAAUCAAAUACAUGCAAACAGAAGUUAUUUUACCGCCCAUCUGCUCACAAAUAAACAUUUGUGUUCCCUGGACAAUUUGAAUGUGACUGUACUGUAGCUCUGUCAAUAGACUGUAAUGUUAAGGCAAGCUGGUUUUUGAAUAGUUUACGACGGUGUAGGCGGCUCCUGUCACAGUGGGUUUUUGUAUUAUAUCACCAUCUAAUUUCACAUCUCAUCCAAUAUUUAAGAGGCUGUCAGUAGGCUGUUCUAUUAACACUGUAUGUCACUGUGAAAAUACUUGCAACGUCAUAUCAUCAAGGUAGCAAAAUAGCAGUUAUCAGUAGCUGCAGUAAUGUGUUGCAUGCUUUCAGUUGCUACAGUUUAAGAUUGCUCUGAUCUGAUUACUCACCUGAAGGCAGAAUCGUACUCCUUAUCAUGGUUUAUCUUGGUUUUCGUGUGUGUGUGUGUGUGUGUGUGUGUGUGUGUGUGUGUGUGUGUGUGUGUAAAAGUGAGUGCGAGAAGUUGUUGGAGAGUGACAAAGAAAUUCUAUAUGUUGACUGAUGUUGGAGAGGUACAGUAUACCUGUGCCUACUGUGCAGGUUGGGGUGUGUUUACUUUUCACUUUUCUUAGCUUAUUUGUAUACAUUUGUUUGUGGCUUGCAAGGUAUUCAUUUGUUGUAAAAUGUUUUACUGCAUUAAAGAUGUGUUUCUCCUCAA